AUGUCGCUGUUGCAGUUUAUUGAUAGGUUGUUGAGUAAACGGGCGGUUGUGUUCAUGGGGCCUGUGGACCAGUAUUUACUUUUGAACAAAACAAGUGGUUCAGGCCGGUGGGAAACAAUUGGGACAAGUAGCGAAACGCCGCCUCUAGUAUUGGAAAACUGUCUCAGUUACGAUGAAAUAAAAUUAUCGGCGUUAUUGUCAGUCUCCUCGUUUAGUUACUUUAUCAAUAAUGGGGACCGCAAUAAUAUGGGCUACUUUGAGGCAAAUCGGAGCAGAGUUGAGGAGAAUGGGGUGAUAAUUGGGGUGAUUGGCCCCAGACUUGAUAAAUCUACGGUAAUGGAGUACCGCGAGGUUGUCAUUUGCAAGGAACAAAACACUAGUUGCUAUGGAUACGGCCCGUCAGAAGAGCCAACCUUGCAGCAGGAAUUUUUGAAAUUUUACGGCAGUGUGAAUGGGACUUAUGAUAAGGUUUUGGAACAAAUCGGGUCACAUCCUGAGCAAUAUUUGGAAUUAGGAAGAGGCAAAUAUUUCGAUCGGUUGAUGUACGAGAAACGACUCGCUUUAUCGAUUGAUACUCUUCUAAUCGAAGCAAAUUAUCGAGCGAAACAGAAAAAUAAAAUGGCAUAUGUGCACGUUGUAGGCCUCGGUCUGGGCGUAUGGAAAAUAACCCACCAACAAAACAAAAUUUUUAUGGACACGUUCGCCCAACGGCUCGAGCUACUGGGCGAUGAGUUGAAACACAUCAGCGAUGAGUUGAAACACAUCAGCGAUGUCCGUUUCGCCUACAUUCACGAAACUUCCGCGGGGAAGUACUCAAACGGUGACAAAAUCAAGGGAAUCACACUACACAUGAUCGAUAAAAAUCCCCAGGAGAAACUUGCAGGGGACGACGAAGGUAAAAAGGUGGCAGAACUGCACAACUGGCACAUCAACGCGAAAGCGAGCGCGCGAAAUUUGAGAAUUGCAACGUUUAAGGGGUUAUACACCUUCAAGAAGUACCAAGAGAUGUACAAAAAUGAUUAAUUGUUCAAAUAAAACACUACCACAAAA